AUGAAGUUAAUUCAAAUUGUUUCAUCCGUUGUACUUUUUGCUCUUCCGGCAUUGGCGACCAAUGAUUGGAAAUGCGGAACAGACACAGUCUACGCAUACGUAAUAGAUAGAGAGAUGCAUGGCGCCUACGAUGCCUUUCUCACUUUAUAUUCCCUCACGCCUUCCGAUAUUCAAGAUUAUAUGAGUUUCAAAACUAAUUUCAAUGUUCCCGAAUUUAACCUUGCAGGAACUGAAUUUGAGUUGAGUUUUAACAAAGAAUUUAAAGUCAAAUCUUUCGUAUAUAUUCACAACAAUAGAAGUCGCUAUUGCACCGAACUACAAACUUGA